AUGGUUGAUGUUCAGACCAGCAUCGCAGCCAAAGUCUCCGAGCUAGGCGGUGUUCACAAAUACGAUCUCACGCCCGACGUCACUCACCUUAUCGUCGGUGACUACGACACACCUAAAUACCGUCAUGUCGCCCGUGAACGCCCCGAUAUUAAGGCUAUGGACGCCGCCUGGAUCGAAACCCUUAGCGAGAUAUGGAAGAACGACGAUGAGAUCGAUUACCGAGAACUAGAGAACAAAUAUCAGCUUAAACCUUUAGAGAAGCGAGGUAUCGACCCGACAGUUCUACCAGUACAAGGAGAGGCAGCACGAGAUUCAUUGCUCAUCUGUUUAACCGGAUUCGGCGACCAAAGGGACGAAAUCGCAAGCAAGAUCACAUCGAACGGAGGUUUAUACACCGGUGACCUGACGAGACGAUGCACUCACCUUAUUGUCAACAAACCGGAGGGCAAGAAAUAUGCUGCAGCCAAGGCAUGGGGUAUUCAUCCUGUCACACUUGCAUGGCUCGACCAGUCCAUCGCGCGAAGAAUGAUCUUGGAGGAAAGCAAAUUCGACCCUAUGUUACCUCCGGAAGAGCAAGGGAAAGGCGCUUGGGUUACAAGAGAACUCAAACGUUCAUUGAGCAAACGGUCGAAAUCUGCUAUGGGGAUCGGUGCUGAAGAGGGCCCCAGGAAGCUCAGGAAGACCGCCAGCAUGAAGUUGAGCUCACAGCGCAAUAGUAUGUGGGGUGAUAUCCUCGGACGAUCAACGUCAAGAGAGUAUUCAUUUGCGCAAGAAAAUAAGACAGAAGAUGCAAAUCAACAGCCACAACCUCAACAGGAUGAAGCUCAGCCUCCACCACCUGCUCCUCUAGUCCCAGAAAAUCAGGGGAUUUUCGCCAAUUGCCAUUUUUAUAUACACGGAUUCAAUGCGCAAAGAACUUCUGUCCUCGAACAAACACUCGUUACCCUUGGCGCUACUAUAUGCAAAUCACUACACGAAGCUGCUCUUGGGCGAACCCCGCAGCCGCCUCGUAGCCGUUUUCUGAUCGUCCCUCAAAACUCCCAACCAGAUACUCACCCUCAAGAAUCUUACGAUAACCUCUAUGUCGUCACCGAAUACUACAUUGAGAAAUGUUUACACAACAAGCAAUACUUUGAUCCUACGAAUCACGUCCUAGGUCGACCAUUUCCAUUCUUUCCUAUACCGGCCUUUGCCGACCUAGUUAUAUGCAGUGCCGCUUUCACCGGCAUAGAGCUUAAUCAGGUGGCACGUGCUGCUGCUCAGCUGGGAGCCAGGUAUGAAGGAGAGUUCCGCAAGACUACAAGUGUUCUAAUAUGUAAGGACCUUGCUUCGAUGCGUAAGGAGAAGCUCCGCAUGGCUUUAAGAUGGGGUGUGCCUGUGGUAUCAGCAGACUGGUUUUGGGAAUGUAUAUCAACUGGAUUCAAAGUGCCUAUCGACGACUACAUCUUCCCUGAGAUAAAGAGCAGGUAUUCAGAAACAUCGCAACCAGCGUCUAAAGCAGCAGCAAAAGGUGUCCCUGAAGCUAGAGAACAGAGCAAACCGAUACAGCGCACUCUCUCAGAACCUGCUCGCAAGCCAGCAAAGACCAAUACGCCUAGACCUCCACCGGCCGCUGGCGUUGAUACUUCCGCAUUUGCUCAUGAUUCACCAGAAAAUGUCAAAUCUGCUCGAAGAUCCACUACGAAAUCUGCUGCGGCGGCAGACUCUGCCAUAUCAGCGGAGUUCGUCACAGCUCGUACGCACCCGGUGACUACAAAUAGUCUGCCUAAAGACAAAGACUUCGAUGCUCCCCUCGGGGAAGUGCCUCCGUCCAAGGUCCCUCAGGCACGUAGGGAUGGGUCUCCGUCGCCUGUCAAACAAUCUGCAUUAUCUCGCACUCGAUCCGACCCCAUCACUACGAAAUCUCAUACUGAAGAAACGGAAAGUUUUCCUUCGGAUCUGCAAGACGAUCCCCAGCAGGCGAAGCAACAACACAAUGCUGAGCAAGCUCGUCUACGCGCUAAGGCUGCCGAACGGCAGGCUCUCUCCUCGAAACUAACAUCCCUCAUCGAGACAACAACGCCGAACCUCCCCUCGUUUGCUUCCGACGACACAGACCACGCCCCCGCUCGUCCUCGUAAACGUCAGCUCUUCGGGCGCGCUAUCAGUAACGCCUCCAACGCCAGCAGUGUCGCCUCACGCUCUGCUGCUGAGCUCCACGACGUAUUCGCAGACGAGGACAAGGAAGCAGAUAACCAAUCUGAACCACCCGCAACGCAGCUAGAGUACCGCGAUGAUAAAGCCAAAGAGUGCCGAGCUGCAUUGAUGAGUCGCAUGAUGGGCGGCAGUGGCGAGGUUAAGCCUGCGCCUACUCCUGCAGCCCCCACGCUGAGUAUGAUUGCUGGGGCGACCCGAACGCUGAGAAAGCGAUAA